UAAGAUCAAUACAACCUUCACAAACCUUCCUUUCUGGGUUUUCCCUUCAAAUAAGCAUACCCACCAUACCUGUCUAACUUCACUAUCUCCUCUCUGAAACUCUGAAAGGAUUUGUCACAGUGGCUUUACAAAAUGGAUGUUUUGCUUAAGCAAAUGAGGGUGAGAUUUUCUGGUGUUGAACAGGGUAGCCAACAAGACCCAAACAGUACAAGAGAACGAAGAAUUCCACUACAGAAAACUAGUUCCUUCAAAGGAGACAGGAAGAAACAACAAAACUGGUUCCGAAGGCAAUUCUCUCGUGAAACAAGCCGAGAUUAUGGUACUAGUGAUGAUGGCGAGUAUGCAACUGCUAUUGCUGCUGCUGCAUUUGCCAUCAACUCACUCGAAGAAGCAGAGUUGGUGGAUAAGAAAAAGAUCAGAGAGGGAUUGGAAAAGUUUCCCACUAGGUCCAAUAGCAAAAAGGAAGGUGCAGCUCUGCAGCCAGACGCUGGUAGAAUAUCCAGAAGAUUUACAGGCAAGCAAUCGAAAGCAGACGAACAACUGGAUGCUGGUAGAAUAUCCAGAAGAUUUACAGAAAGGGUGGACCAGAGAAUACCAGAGAUUGCUGUCACGAGUGAAAAGAAACCACAAGAAGCUCCCUCUAGAGUUCCAACUAUUAAGAGGAAACCAACAACUGCCGAAGAAGUGGAUACACAGCCAAGGCCAAUUCCUCUACCCACGGCAAUAUCAUCACUCCCUGCAGCUGGAGAUGACAAGUGGAGGGAGAGCUCAACAAGAACAGGUCCACAAUCUAAAGCAGAUGCUUGGAUGGAAGCCAAGAUGGCCAAGAUUCAAAAGAGUUAUGAUAAGAUGAAUUCCACAAUUCUAUCGUGGGAGGAUGAGAAGAAGAAGAAAGCUAAACACCAACUGAACAUGAAAGAGAGCAAAUUAGAACAGAGAAGGGCAAGAGCCUUGCAACAAUUCCGCAUUGAGAUGACAAGGAUUGAUCAGGUAGUUGGAGGAGCAAGAACACAGGUUGAGGAAAGGAAAAGAAUGGAUGAGCUCAAGGCAAAAGAGAAGGCAGAUAAAAUCAGAGCAACAGGAAAGGUCCCUGCCACGUGUUUCUGUUGCUAAAGCACUAAUAGCAAUGAUGCACUAGGCUUUAAAAAUGUAAAAAAGAAAAACUUAUUUCUCUUAAGCUGUAGAAAUGUAAACUCUUAAUCAUGGCAUGAUGGAAAAUGUAUUCUGAGCAUCAUAGAAAUACAUCUGGAUACAAUCCAACCUUCAGGAUCAGAAAGGACAAAUUGACAAUAAACUAGUUUUGAAUUAAC